AUGCAUGGCUUUCCAAAUAACUUAAUCUUUUUAAAUCUGAAAAUCUCUUUAGGCCCUUCACCUCUACCUUCCCCGACUGAAGAGAAAGAGACAAAGAACAGCUCUGAUGUUAUGCCCAGCAUUCCUGAUGUAUUGCUGCAAAAACUGCAAGUGCACAAAUCGAUUCCAGGAAGUUCCCCACCACUCACUGAAAAAGAAGUUGAGAAUGUAUUUGUUCAACUCUCCUUGGCCUUUAGAAAUGAUAGUUACAUGCUGGAAUCUAGAAUUCACCAGGCAGGGAGAGAGAAAAAUCUUACUGAAGAGAAUGCGGAGAAGGAACUGGAAAACUUUAAAGCAUCCAUUACGUCUUCAGCUGACCUGUGGCACCACUAUGAGCACAGGGAAGCCUACCAGAAGCUCCUGGAGGACAUCGCCGUGCUGCGGCGUUUGGCUGUCAGGCUGUCGAGCUGCGCUGAGAAGGUUGGAGCUGUUCCCCAGGAGAAGUGUAUGUCAAAGGCAACAGAGAUAAUGAUGCAGUAUGUGGAAAAUCUGAAAAGAACAUAUGAAAAGGAUCAUGCUGAACUGAUGGAGUUCAAGAAACUUGCCAAUCAGAAAUCUAGCAGAAGCUAUGGUGGAUCUGAAGAUGGAGUUCCUCGUUCCUCUAGAUCCAUGUCUAUCACUGUUGGAAAGAAUAUGCCUCGAAGGAGAGUCAGUGUUGCUGUUGUUCCUAAAUUUAACUCCUUAAACAUUCCUGGUCAGUCACCAACAGCUUCACCUAUGCCUUCAAUGCCACCCCUGUCUGAAUCACCCAGUAAUGGAAAAAGCAACCUAACAUCUACUCCUGCUCUGCCAGCACUUCUAGAAAAUGGAAAGUCAAAUGGAGAGCCUGACUGUGAAACCUCAACUCCUGUGCUGACACAGAGUGGAUUGGAAGAGAUCAAUCCUGAAACUAAAGCCAAGAUAGAAGAGGAAGCAUACAACAAGGGCUAUCAGGAAGGCUUGAAGAAAACCAAAGAACUUCAGGAACUGAAGGAAGAAGAUGAAGAGACACACAAAGAAAGUCAUGAUGAACACAAAGAAAGUGAAAAUGAAGAUGAGGUAAAAAACCUGAAAAGCAGGUGAGACAGUCGUGUAAUAUGUCCAUACAAGAGG